AUGGCUACGAUACGUCCACUCUGCAGGCGCUGCAGCGCGCUCCUCCCCCCGACCCGUACAUUCACAUCCUCCUCCGUCCGUCUCUCAACUCCGAAGUCAGCAUCGACAAUUCUCUCGAAACCUACAUGGUCUGUCGCCUCUCUCCUCCCAUCCUCCUCAAAGAGUGGCGCCGUGAAGGAGUCAGCAGACGAACCAAUCUCCCGCGCAAAGCUCCAUCACCUCCUUCGCCUGUCCGCCCUCCCGCUCCCCGAAUCCGAGGCGGAGGAGACCGCGAUGUUGCGCACACUGCACUCUCAACUACAUUUUGUGCGCGAUGUCCAAAGCGUAGAUACCACCGGCGUUGAGCCGCUUCGUUCAUUACGCGACGAAACAACAGAGGGUGUGGCAGAAGCCACGAUUGGCUUGCAAGAGCUACAGAAUGCCCUGGGCAAGGAAAUCCGCUUCGGUCACAAGAGACGACCAAAGAGAUUGCGCGGGGAAAAGGUUGAAACCACAGGAGUUGAGGACUGGAACCCUCUAGAGACCGCGUCGAGGACGGCUGGAAAAUACUUUGUCGUUCAGAGCAGCAAAAAAGAGGAAGCAUGA